ACUUGAUUCGUUACGUAUUUUAAUCGCGAAAUGGCUCUGACCCGCCACGCGGCCGCGACAAGCGCGCGCGCGUAACGGCAUGCGCUGACGCCGCCGCCAUGAACGCCCGCACCAUCUCGUUCGAGCUGUCGAUGGAGGGCCGGCAGGUCGACGAGGUGGUCGCCAGCAUCUUCCACACCGUCCUCUUCCAUCGCUCCAGCGGCAAGUUCACCUACAACAACGAGGAGAGCUACUCCAUCCGCACCGUCAGCUACGUCGACGUCGAUUGCGACUUCAUCGACUUCACCUACGUGUGCUGCGAGUCGGAGGCGCUGGGACAUAACGUGAGGCGCGAGAUAUCAGACUUUUCGGAGCUGUUGCGAGCAGUGGACGGGACUUCGGCGCCGCCGCGAGGCUCCAUCAGCCUCGAGUUCUUCCAAAAGAGACGCGCGCGUUGGCCGUUUCAACCCGAGUGCGUGCCCUGGGAAGUUUGGACUGUAUACUGUGAACUAACCGAAUCCCGCCCGGAUCAGGAACUCCACAGCAAACACGAGAGCGUGGUCGAAAUGCUCCAGGACAAAAUCGUGUUCAUCACGGAGAUCAUCAACCGCCACGAGUACGUCCCUAAAAUGCCGAGCCGCUCCGACGCGGAUCUCAUAUUUGACACGUCGUAUACCGACAUCCAGCCGUAUCUAUUCAAGAUUCAUUACAAUCUAUCCGGCGCACCGUCCACAACAGUUGGCAACACAGUGCGAAAACUCAUUCGUGACACCCUAUAUUUGUGAUGCUUGUAGCUUUCACUCUCUUCUUCAAGGCACCUCGACUAACAACUAAAUGCACUAACCGACCGAGUUAGUCGAGCGACCGAUUCUCGGGGGGUCGACUCCGAAGCUUUGAUCCUACGUAGAACGCGCAUAUUCGUCCGUACUAUAAACAUAGUUGACGUCGGCAAUCGCCUACUUUAAUUUUACAAGUUAUAGUGAUAAGUAUUAAUAAAGAUUUAUUUUUGUGGACAAAAUUUCUGUAAAUACAAGAUUUUUUAAAAUUAGUGAUCGAUUUGAAUUUUUUAACAAAUUAACGAAUCUAACAUUUAAGCGAUGUCUUUGGUACGAUUUGUCUCUGUAAAGUUUUCCCGUAACUUUUUAUCUGAGCUACAUAUUUUGUACUUAUUGCGAAUCGUCAUUCACAAGCCUUGCGCGGUUGGUGGCACGCUAUUUACGUUUCUAAUUGACUAGUAUACUGUACUACUAUUAGUGUAAUGACUGUUAGCUUGUAUUUUAUGUUAUUAUUACGCUGUGUUUUAACUGCAUGACUUAAUAAUUAAUUUUGCCUGUUGUACUAUUAGUAUGAAAAUAGGUUUAUAUUUAGUUCUAAUCAUUUCAGAGCUAUGACUCCCAAGGCUGGUUGAUGUGUCCACUCAUUUAUAUGAUUUAUUUAGAGUUUGAAUUUGUCUGUGUUUGUUUGUAAUCUGUAAGUUUUUUUAGCCUUUGUGGAAUUUUAGUGAGGUAAGUUUAUUAACAAUGCACACUAUAGCUAAGUGGGUAGUUUUUAAACAUAGUUACCUAGAAAUUGAUGGCAUAAAAUUAUGAUGUGUUUAGUUAGUUUAUUUUUCUAUUAUUGGACCAUCGCCAUUGCAAUAUAAAAAAGUUGGUGAUGUGUCGUGAGUGUUCAGAGAAGGAUGCAAUGAAGUUACAGCUUUUAUUUUGUAUGAUUGUUAUGCCUCGAUCUCACUAGGGUAGGUUACGAAAAAUGUUUCAUAUACAUCACAAGUAGCGUUAGAAAACUCGUUGCCUUUGCUCUAGUGAGAACAAGGCUUUAUGACAGUUUAUGACAAAUUGAGUGCGGUCCCACUCAGUGUAUAGUAUAGUCGUUUGACUAUUGUGUGUUUUUUAUAUUAAAAUGAUCGCUUUGUGAUAUUGCUAGCGAAAAUUACAAUUUGUAUAAAAUUACAAUGAUUUUAUCGUGUGAGCGUAGAUUAUAGUAAUGAUACUGAGCCUUAAAUGUGUUUUAGGUGUCAGUUUUAAUGUAUGAGAUGUAUAUAAAAAUAAUGUACAGAUUUUUCUCAUUUUUUUUAAUCUAUUGUAUAGUAAAGAGCUUUAUUCUAAAAUACGGUAGAGUGUAAAAGUGAUGUUACAAAGCGUACGUGUAUGUAAUAUUUGUUAGAGAAUAGUUGGUGCAUGAAUUGUCUCAUAGGUUAAGACAUUUUAAAGUAACCAGAUGAACAGAUACAUGCCUUUUGUUAACGAUGACUCUAUUAUAUUGAAUUUUUGUAUUCAAGUGAAAUGAAGAUAGCAAAUUGAAUAACAUUUUUCAUAUUAGAUAGGUAAUUAAUUAUAGCCUUGUUUUUGUUUGCCCAAAUACGCCCAGAUCCAAUGCGUUGUUCUUCCUAUAUACGUCACUAUUACACGUGUUUCUUUGUUUGGUAUUCCAACAAUACUUAUGUUACUACAUUACGUCAAGUGACCUCGAAAAAAAUUUACAAAAGUAACAAUUUUAUACGCGACUGUUCAACAAUAAGCUAUGUUUCUUACAGCUUAGUUUCAAGGAAUCUUUAUUGGUGAUACCCCUAAUUAAUGACCAUACUAUAAAUGUAGGCGCGACAUAUAACUUUAAGCUACUUAAAAUUAACUAAUAUUAACAAUUAUUGUAACAAUAUUUUUAAGAUCAGUGUGAGCCUACAUUUAACCUACUGACAUUGCCUAUUAUUUUUUAUUUUUGUUGUUAUUAUAGUAUGGCAUAACGUGAAAAUCAUGAAACAAGUCUUUGAUGAUAGAUAAUAUGCCCAUGACUAUGAAAAUUUUAAUUCGAAUUUUAAUGCGGAUUUUUGCUGCGGAACUCAACGCAGGACGUGCAUUUAAGUUAACAUAUUUCGGAAAUUAUUGAGACAUUAUUUCUAUGAAGGCCAGGGGAGACCCCCCGAAUUCGCUUGAAUAUUUUAAGCGAUUUUCUUUAUGUUAGCUAUUCUAUUGUGAAGUUCGACCAUAAUCUGUCCUGUAAUUUUUGCGUGAAAGACAAACAUUUAACAUUUAUAUCCAUAGAACCAAGUUCACGUCCUGGGUUGAGUUUCGCGUUCAUACCAUAACCCUGGAUUUGGUUUGGUUGUUCUUUGGCCUUGGAUAACGACAUCGAUUGUCUAGCCUUAUGGCCUAGUAAAAAGGGAGUUCAAAUCCCAUAAACAGUCUUGGUAACAAGAAAAGAAGCACCUUGGAAGGUUUUCUGAUUGGUGAAAUAAAUCGUGUCAGCCAAUCAGAAGGCAUUGUAGUUAAUCCACACAACACCUUUCUGAUUUUAUACUGUCCUACCUCAUUAUGACUUUAGCCUUAGUACAUUUCAAUUGGGUGUUGUUCUUUUGUAACUAUUUAAUUUACAUACGAUGAUUAUUUAUCAAAACCUCCUAAUUGACAUAAAUGUGAUAUAAGAAUUUCAGUUCGUCGAAACAUAAUAUUGUGUCAAAUAGGAGGUAUCAGUUACUUCAGCGUCGAAUAACUAUUUAUCAGAAUUGAUAUUUGUCACCAAAGAUGAGGCUGUAUAUGAUUUCAAAACUAUUAUUCCUAUGCAAAUAGUUUAUUUACAUCCAUUCGUAAUUCAUAUCAGCGAGUACCUUAAAAUUAAUAUAAUUUUAUAUGUUUACACAAACAAAUCUGGUGAUAAGACAAUAUAUUUUAUUCUAUUCUAAUACCUUUAUUGUGUGCCUCGGUUUAUGAAGUGUGGUGUUGUUAGGCACAUGUAAAAAAACUAUAUCAUUGCACACAACUUGCUAUGGCCUUAUUUGAAAGAUAUUUUAGAUUUAUACGUCAUAUAGCGUGUAUAAUAACGGCUGUUACAUAUUAGAAUAUAUGGUAAAUGAGACAGGAGGUAUUUGUUGUGAUGUAUAGUUCAAAAAAAAUCUGAAAACUCUUAGUCUUGUGAUAAUUUAUAUUAAUAAUGUGAAUAAAUGAUGAAGUAUUAAAAA